AUGCGCCCUACCCCUAAGCCCUCAUUUCUGCUCUCGGAAGUUGAUACCCCGACCCUAGGCAGGCGCUUUGUCCAAAUGGUCGAGACUCGAGGCACGCGGCCAUCAUUCGAUGGCCAGGAAACAUCUGACUUUCCUCCCUUCCCUUCCGACGGAGGUGACAUUGACCAAAAAGUGCCUCAUUCCCUCGAUGAUGCGGAACAUGGCUCGCCUCCGGCUGCCAAAAAGCGCCGUACAGACGAUGGCCCCGACGGUGAUAUUUCUCUGCCCAACGAAGUCAUCUUGAUGGCCGAUCAGCAUGGCCCUGGUCACAAAAUCGAAGAAGAAUUGGCCUCGGCUCUCGGCGAAGGCGUUAUUGACACCGUCGAGCAAACCGAUCCUAAUGUAAACCAAACUCUUCAGCAUGCUACCCAUGACACCCAUGAUACCCCCGGAGUCGCGACCACCCAGGACGGUACAUCUGACCUCAACAACGACGUGGCCACAAUCAUUUCCGAGAUCAUGGAUCACACAGAGCGCCAGGAACAAACUGUCGCAAUGGGACCUCAAGAACUACCGCCGUCGAACGAUUUCCCGGGAGCUAGAGGUUUUGCUUUCCUCAAGGCUAACUCUCACCUCAAGAUUCAGAGUCUCCCUAUCUUGGAUAAUCUUUCUACGCAAAUCUUGUCGUUCCUUUCCAAGAACACCUACCAAGACCUCACUGCUAUGGUGUCCGAACCUGACUCCGAAAAUGGACAAGCAUAUGCCACCAUGCGCUCCUUGUUCGAUCACACAAAGCGCGUCUACACCGUCAAGCACUCAUUCCUUCAGCCUACAGACCUUGAAAUCACAGACCCUUCUCAAGUUGAUGUCAUUCGCAAAGCGAACCUGGCGUCUUUUGUCUCGAGUAUCUUCGGAUCUCAGGAAAUUGGAUUUGCGGACCUCAACGAUCAUUUCCUAGACGUGUUUGUUCCUGAAGGUGGUCGUUUACUGAAGGUCCAAGGUGCUUUGUACCUCGAACUCAAGACGCAGGCUUUCAUCGCAGCCAUGCAUAACAAAUCCCUCACCCGCACACAGCUCCUCUAUAAUCUGUUCCCGGACGAUAUGGAACAGCGGUUGCUGGCGAGACGUCCUGGCACCAGACAGCUGGCACCAUCUGAGACGGAUUUCGUAAAUCGCCUAACCUCUCGCCGUGACAUCCUUCUCAAUGAGAUCAACAACGAGGAAGCGCUGAAUGCCCUGCCGGACAAGUACCACUGGGAAGAUUUCCUCCGAGAUCUUAGCUCGUACAUUUCGAAGAACUUUGAUGCCAUUAAUACUCAACAGGGAAAGAAAGCUGUCAAGGGACGUCAACCUUCGAGUUCCAAUGGCGAUGCUCACGAGUCACCCAACACCACUCACCAGGGUCAGUUCUCACUCAACCAACAAGUUGAAGUCCCGGUGGACCGAAACAUGCAUGGUGACCUUGUUGCGCGUGCUGCCCGAGCUGCCCAGAUUGCCCUACAGGGCCAUGGCCUCCGACGCUCUCAGCAGCAGUCGCAACAACAGCAUCAACAACAGCCCCAACAGACUCAGUCUCAGGCUAGUCCGUCGCCUCUGCCGCAGCAACCCCAGCACCAGCAGCCGCCGCCUCCACAACAGCAUCAACCGCAGCAGCAACAGCAACAGCAACAGCAGCAGACGAGCCAAACAGAGAACCAGUAUCUUCAUGGCUACACCGCUGCCCAACAACCGCAGCCAGCCUCGCCCUUGACUUUCCAACAGAGCCCGUUGCAGGCCACCUUCCAGCAAUACAACCCCAAUGCUGCGCAAGCUAUGCAAGCGAGGGCAAAUGGCAUGUCCUCCAACCAUGGAUAUAUGCCGGGGAUCCCCCAUUACUCUCAGUCACAGCCCACUCAGGUUCUCUACGAGCGUGCGCGAAUGGCCGCAUCCGCCAAGUCUUCUCCAACUAGCCGCAAAUCUGGCCUUCCCAGCCAACGUCGACCCUGGACCACCGAAGAAGAGAAUGCGUUGAUGGCCGGCCUGGACCGCGUUAAGGGUCCCCACUGGAGUCAAAUUCUUGCCAUGUUUGGACCUGGUGGAACGAUCAGUGAAGCCCUCAAAGAUCGCAACCAGGUGCAGCUGAAGGACAAGGCUCGCAACUUGAAGCUCUUCUUCUUGAAGAGUGGGAUUGAAGUACCAUACUACCUGAAGUUCGUCACUGGUGAACUGAAAACCCGCGCUCCUGCCCAGGCAGCCAAGCGGGAAGCCCGCGAGAGACAGAAGAAGCAGGGCGAAGAAGACAAGGCUCAUGUGGAAGGAAUCAAGGGUAUGAUGGCCCUUGCUGGAGCUCAUGGGGCACCCGUGUCGGGACAUGAUAUGUCCGCCUCGCCUAGCCUUCCACCGGAUGCCAACAGCCAAUCCGUGUUUGAUCAAACCGCGGAACAAAACCUCAUGCAGACUCUGAGCCAGGAGGUACACGGAAGUCAGUACCCUCAGCAUGCUCAGCAAACUCCUGACCACAUCGAUCCUCACAUGCAGUUGGGUCAGUAG